AUGCCUCCCCAGGCAGGUCUGGUGGUCGACAGACGAGUGAACCCUGCAGGUAGCGACGUCUCUGCCUCGGCCCCACUCACGUGGGCGCUGCCGACUGGGGCGCCACGAGGCUGUCUUGAGCGCAAGCUGAUUUCGGAUACGGUGGAUAUGCAAAUCAGACGGUCGACAAGACAACGCUUUAGUCGGUACGCGUUUUCACGGGCCACAACCGGUCAUCUGCUCAGCUUUCACAUUAAUUUGCCUAUCAAUUUUAUAUGGUCUCUUCAACAUUCUUAUCCUCUUUUCGCGCAGAUGACUGUCUCGAUCCACGAACAGGGUCAGUGUGUUGGUCGACAAAUCAUUAAAGUUGGCUUCUUUUCAGCCCAGAUUCCGAAAAGUACCAUCAGCCCGGUGACUAACGCACUGGGAUGCGUGAAGGAAGCCGAGGUAAAAGAAAAGGCUCACUGUUCUGCGACCCUCAUCACUUUCUCUACGUCCCCGAAAUCGUCAGAGUCACAGAUCAGCAGUUCUGAAACAUUUGAUUGGACUGUUUACGACACUCACAUCCCACAGGACUCAUGA